UUGUAUUCUGCAGAUGUCUACUUGUUGCCUGUGAAUGAAACAGACAUAGACCUCCACCAUCAUGCAAUCACAUCCAGAGAACCCUCAUGGCCGCGACCACAUACAUGCAUACACGCCAGUCUGGUUCAAUCAAGGAGGUUAUGCAUACAUGCCACUCUGGUUCAAUCAAGGAGGUGAUGCAUACACGCAGCUCCGCUUCAAUCAAGGAGGUGAUUGGAAUCAAAGACCCGAGAACCGACUGGAGAACAAUGCUCAAUAUCAGUCUUGGCAUCGUCACGAACAACAAAGUCAGGAGAAGCAAGGCGACGCCUUUAACCAGCACAAUCACACAGAUUAUCAGUCGUGGCACCAUCACUAUCAACAAAGUCAGGAGAAGGAAUUCAGCACCUUUCACCAGAACAGAAGCGGAUGGAUGUCACCCUAUCAGCAAACAAUACAAGGUCAGACGUUUGCGAGGAUGAACGAGGUUCCUUUUGUACAGAUGCCAUGGACCUUCAGGCAGCAGAACUUGCCAGAGCCCUCACACAUUCAAGUACAGCCAGUGCAGUUUCAAGGACCGUAUCAGACUCAGACCACACAAUUCUCUGCCACCUCUAGGAAUUGUGAACAGGUACUUCAGCUUCAUCACAGUGAAAGAGACAAAAAUAUUAAGGUGGAGCCUCUAAGCAGCAGGUCGGCCACAAUUGCUGAUGGACCCCAAAAACACUUGGGUUCCAUUCCACAUAUUGUGGUGUCUGACUCUUCAGAGGAUGAAGACAGUGAUGAACCCCAAAAACCUUUGAAGAGCAAAAGCCAACGUAUAAGUUGCUACGCACGGGUGUGUAGCAUUUGCCAUCAAUUUUUGCCACGAAAGGGUCAAUUUAUUAAACAUUACGCAACACACGUGACAACAGAAAUUACACCAAAAGGGGAGAAAAUACAUACCUGCGCAACAUGUGGUAAAAGUUACUCAAUUCGGCAUAGAGCCAUAGUCCAUGCGAGAAUACACUGUCCGGACAAAGAAUUUUCUUGUUCAGAGUGUGGUAAAAGUUUCACUUUUAAGCAGCAACUUAAAAAGCACAUGAUGGUGCACACUGGAGAAAAACCUUUUUCCUGCUCAGUGUGCGGAAAAAGAAGUUCAAGCAAGCGCAACCUUGAAACGCACAUGGUGACACACAGUGCAGAGAGGCCAUUUUCUUGCUCACUUUGCAGUCUUCGAUUUAAAUGCAAGAUUAGUUUGAACGCACACAAAAGGACACACACUGGAGAAAGACCCUUUACUUGCUCAGUUUGCUUUAGAAGUUUCUCACUGAAGUCCAAUUUAGAGACUCACAUGAGAACACACACGGGAGAAAGACCUUUUGCUUGCUCAGAAUGUGAUUUAAAAUUUCUUCAGAAGACACAUUUGACGACACAUAUGAACACACACACUGGCGUGAAACCUUACAGCUGUGCGGUGUGUUACAAACGAUUCUUUCGUAAAAGUGAAGCUAACAAGCACAAAUGUGCGGGCGAGAAAAGCAGCUCUACAUAAAGUUUUCAAGUAGGGCUGCAACUC